ACUAUAUACGGCUUCAAAUGUUUUAUCUGGCAUUUCUCAUUUGUUAUUCUUCAGUUCAACAAUUUCAACGACGACGCGUAAACUGUUUCACGACUUCAAUCUGGUUAAUAAAAAAAAAUUCCUAAGCAAUUCACGUAGGCAAAAAUGGCUUCUGCAGUUGUUAAUUUUCCAGCAAUUAUCAUGUCAUCUAGCAAGUAUAGGAGCCAUCAGAAAUUACUCCAAGUUAGAGCUCAGGGCUAUGAAGAUGAAGGAAAAUCAAGGCAUGUUGUUGAUGCGAAUCUACAAGUUUUAAGGGGAAGAAUAGAAGAAGUGAAGAUCAAAGAGAGACUGGAGAGGUGUUUGACAUGUGAGCAGGGUUGGAAUUAUACAGUUACUACUACUACUACUACUGCAAGUUUAUAUAAUGGCAAGAUCAAGUGCAACAAGGAAUUGGAUUACAUAUCUCAAUGUGUUCAACUUUUUUGGAUGGUUGGUUGGACUGCUGGAUUUACAAUAUUUGGCUGCACUUUUUGCAUCUAUCUUUACUUCCCUACUUAUUCAUUUAAGUCUUUACAUAUUAUUUUGAUGCGUUUUAUUUGUGUUAAUUACGUUCUUGUAAAGUUAGAGUUUACUUUUCCAUUACCCCUGCUAUAUCCUCUCUGGCUGGGACACUUGAAUCCAUUUAUUGAUGUAUCCAUCACAAUUUUAUCUUAUAGCAGUACUUAAGAAUGGGAAAGUUACACGUUUGGC